AGACGGCUAACUUGACACUGUCAAUUCUUAGACUGGACUCAUCAUUGUCCAUUUUAUACGGAGAUAUCCCGGUUACACGCAGAUUAUUUAGGCGGACAAGUUUUUUUUUGUUCACAUGCAGGUAAUAAUCUAAUCCCACAACAGUGCCGGAUGAAUCCGAGGAGUGCAUAAAUUCAAGGCUGAAGAAGCUGCACUAAGACACUCUAAAACAACUAGAGUUGACUAUGUCUUCAAAGAUUAGUCUGUUGUUGAUCUGUUUGUUCAUUCUUCAUCUGUGUGCUGCCGCUAGUGUUAGAGGGCGAAAGAUAGGGAUAUAUGAGAUCAAGAAAGGAGAUUUCUCUGUUAAGAUCACCAAUUAUGGUGCCUCAAUCAUCUCCGUUUUUCUUCCUGAUAAGAAUGGAAAAAUAGGCGAUAUUGUUCUGGGAUAUGACACCAUCAAGGAAUACAAGAAUGAUACAAGUUACUUUGGAGCCGCACUUGGAAGGGUUGCUAACCGGAUUGGUGGUGCUCAGUUUACUUUGAAUGGAACGCAUUAUAAGCUUGUUGCCAAUGAAGGCGUAAACAUGUUACAUGGUGGUCUUAAAGGAUUUAGCAAAGUUGUCUGGAAGGUGAGCAAGUAUGUGCGACAUGGUCCAAGUCCUUACAUAACUCUAACCUACUAUAGUGCUGAUGGUGAAGAAGGGUUCCCUGGUGAUGUUCUUGUCUCUGUUACUUAUGCAUUGAAAGACAACCCUUACAAACUUAGCGUGGUAUUUAAAGCAAGAGCUCUAAACAAGGCCACUCCAAUUAACCUGUCUCACCACCCUUACUGGAACAUUGGUGGUCACAACAGUGGCGAUGUUUUGUCCCAAGUUCUUAAAAUCUAUGCAUCACACAUCACUCCAUUAGAUGAACAACACAUUCCUACAGGCGAAAUUUCUCCUGUCAAGAACACACCCUACGACUUCCUCAAACCCCAUAAGGUGGGGAGCAGGAUCGAUAAAAUCCAAAAUGGAUAUGACAUCAACUAUGCACUUGACAGCAAUAAGAAAAUGAAGCCUGUGGCGAUUGUUUAUGAUAAGAAGUCAGGAAGAGUGAUGAAUAUACAAGCGACUGCACCUGGUGUGCAAUUCUACACUGCAAACUUCGUCAUUAAUACGAAGGGAAAGGGUGGAUAUGUAUAUCAACCUCAUUCAGCCUUGUGUUUGGAGACUCAAGGAUUCCCGGAUGCUGUCAAUCAUCCAAAUUUCCCUUCGACUAUUGUGACUCCUGGAAAGACCUACCUCCACUCCGUGUUGUACACAUUUUCUAUCAAGAAAUAGAAUGCUUAUAUUAUUUUUGUAUCUUCUGCAUAAAUUGAUAUUUCUGUCAAGGUUAUAUGUUCUUCCUGAGGAAGACAUUUGGACUCAAUACAGUUGUGUUUUAAUGGAGUUUUCAGAGAACUGCUUUCAGAGA